AUGGAGGCUGAAGAAGUUAAUCGACAAGGGUCAUGGGAUGGUUUCGAGACUUUCUUUCCUCUCUUAUUGGGUCAGGUCACAAGCGGAGAGCCCAUCAAGAUGCUUCUCCCUGGCUUUCCUUUCAAGUCGCCCAAUUCAAGGGACAAGGUCCUAAGCAAUCUGCCCGAUCUUGGAGAAAAGUUCGCCUUGAAGCAUCUCAAUGGACUUUGCGAGAACACCAAGGCAGUAUAUGGGCAUGGAGCUGAAGUUCACAUCACAUCUGACGGCUUGGUGUACAAUGAGCACUAUCUCGCAAACGCGUCGGAUAUCCGGCAGGAGCUGACGGCACGGUACGGUGAUUCACAAUUCGAAGCUGAUAUGGCCAAGAAGUCCAGCAGUGACAUGCAGCUGACACAAACCAAGUAUCUGGAGUUCUUGAAGUCGGAUCUUUUGCUGAACAAGACGUGGCUGGCACAGUCUCCGGAAGAGCAGGCAGUCACCAUCUCAGAGACCGCGAAAGCGAUGAUGGGCCGUUGGAAGGUAUUCGCAGCUGCGCUUGAAGUGAACCGUACCGACUACGUUCGUCUUUCAAUCCACGACUCUGAAGGCAGAAACAAGCUUUCGAUGGCUCUCAUUCCCCAGAAGCAACGAGGCGCGCUCGGAGCCACCCCCUGGCACUCUGUGGUCGUUGCCGAGCUGGACGGAAGCUAUCGUUCUGUACAGAGGCGCACAGUUGGCGUGGACAAGUACGAGCUCAUACACCACAACGGCCGGCCAUACUUCUUCCGCGCGAAGUCAGAUCUCUUCGACUGGAGCGCUGACAACUGCGAUGUCACCUUCGAGCAUCUGUACCCGUCGGGUCUCAUCAUUCGUCCUGCAGCUGGUGCUCCUUCUAUGACCACCAUUCCCAUGAAGAAGGUCUGCACGUUGACGAAUACCUUCUCGCCAAUUAUUCUCCGUGGGUUCUCCAAUAUCACCGAGAGGGAUACGUUCAUCAACAGCGCGAACGAACUUGGCGAGAACCUCGUCUGGCCACAGUACGGUGUCAUGUCUGUGGUCAAAGAUGUUGGCAAGGAUGAUAAGAACGCUAACAAUGUCAUAUCAAAGGAGGCCAUGCCCAUGCACUUCGACGGCAUCUCCAAAUACAAAGAUGUCACCAACCCUGUGACUGGCGCGGUCACUAAGAUGCUAAACCCACCGGGCUAUCAGUACUUCACCUGCAUUGCCACUGCGCCCAAGGGCAGCGGCUGCAUCCUCUUUACCGCAUCGCAUCUUUUCUUCCGCUACCUCUCACCUCCAUGGUCGGUCGAGCGCCCUGAACCUGUGACCUGGGGCACGCACAACACCGGUUUCUGGAAACAAGACCAGGAAAAGCUCAAGUUGGUUGUCAGGCACCCGGCGACUGGUGAGCCUUGCCUUCGCUGGCACGAGCCUUGGAACAAGACCAAGUACUCCACGUGCGGUGUGUUCAUCGAGAACGAGGAUCAAGCAUUGAUCGACGUCAUCAAUAUAGGCAUUUAUGAUUGGCGAUCCUGCUUAAGGUUCAGCUGGGAGCAGGGCGAUCUGAUGUGCAGCGACAACACUGCGAUGUUACACACUAGGAGUACGUAUGAGUACUUCGAUUAA